GCAAAUCGUAGACUCACAAGGUGUUCUUUCAUUAUAAAGUGAAGUUGGUGAGGGAGCGUAUUCAAAUCUUCGGGUGUUUUUUUUUUUAUGUAAAGUGUCAAUUUUCGAUUGACAUGGAGUUAUACUCCUCAGAGAGUAGCGAUAGCGAUGGUUUUCCGUCUAUGAAAACUGUUGACUAUUCUUAUAUGAUGAUUACCAAUCAGAUCUUAAAGAAAAAUAUUGAAGCUCUUGAACAAGAGAAACAGCGUGAUAGAAAACCAGAUGUAGUUCAAAAACUGCAUGUCAACAACAAUCAGUUGACUGAAUUACCCCAAAAUCUGUCGCACUUUCACAACCUCAGGCAUAUUGAUGUCAGUAAUAAUCGUUUAAGAAGUAUACCUGAAACUUUGACCAGAUUUCCUCUCGUAACGUUGAAUGCCAAGAAUAAUCUUAUCACUAACGACAAUCUUCCCAAAUCAUUUCAACCAUGGGCUUCAACUUUAUUAAAGUUAAAUUUGGGUGGUAAUAGUUUGACUCAUUUCCCCCCUCAAGUAUUAGAUGUAUUACAAUUGAAAAGUCUUUACUUAGGAAGCAAUCACAUAGAAGAAUUACCCAGGAAUAUCAACAAAUUAUCAAGUUUAAGUCUGCUGUGUGUUGGAGGAAAUCGUCUCAUUGAAGUACCUGAUAGUGUUGGUGAAUUAAAUAAUCUUGAAGUACUAAUUGUUAGUGAUAAUAAGCUUGAAAACUUACCUCCAAGUAUUGCGAGCUUGAAAAAACUGAAAACUUUGCAGCUUCACAAGAAUAGGCUUCGCACUCUUCCAACUGAAAUAAUUAAGUUGAAGUGUCUUUCAGAGUUGAGUUUGAGAGAUAAUCCUCUGGUUGUGAAAUUUGUUAAUGACAUGACAUACAAUCCUGCUACAUUGCUUGAAAUUGCCGCAAGAGUUGUUAAAGUAAAUGAAAUAACUCAUACUCCUGAAGAUCUACCAAGAUGUCUCAGGGAAUACCUCAACUCUGCACAUUAUUGUGUCAAUCCAAGGUGCAAUGGUGUUUUUUUCGAUAAUCGUGUGGAGCAUAUUAAAUUUGUUGAUUUUUGUGGCAAAUAUCGUGUCCCAUUGCUACAGUAUUUGUGUUCUUCAAAAUGUGUUGUUGAUAAUUCUGCUCUUCGUGAAGGAGGAGGUCAUUCCUAUCGAACCGAUAUCAUGAGGAAAGUGCUGCUUGGAUAGCCCUUGAUCAGCCCCUAUCUUGUUAUUUUAGGGGAAGGUACAAUGAAUGAAACAAUUGCUUCACAUUCAUCUCUCAUGUUGUGAAGUGGAAUAAUGAAUAAAGAAGGAAAAAGAUAUUAUAAUAUUCAUUUGUCUUAAAAUAAGUAUAUUCUUAUCCAUGAUUGAGAUAGAGCCUAUUUCUAAUAGGGAAUUAGUGAAUAUAUCAUUUUCUGUAAGAAAACAUUCCAAAAUAUUCAUUAGCAAUUCUUCAUUGAAUUAUAUAUUAUAUAAGCAUAAAACUUGUGUCAUGAAUUUAUAAACUAUAAUUGAAUGUUAACAUUUCUUAAGAGAUAAGUCCUUUUUUGUUGUUACAAAGUAUAAUUUUUCUUUUUAUUAAUAUACAACUUGUCUGAAAAAAUUGUUAUUAUAGUUAUAAGAGUAGCAAAAUUAGUUUUCAUCUAUAAUAGACUAAGCAUUACCUUGUUAUAAAUCCAAAUUUGCAUUCCGUUUCUUUCUUGAAUGUUAGAUGUGAUAAAAUGAAAAAUUGAAAUUUGUUAUCAGAUAACUUAGGAUUUGUAUUGAAAGUUACUGAAGGUAUAUUGUUAUUAAAAAAGAAAGUCUCAUAAUACUUUUUGAUACCUUACUAUAUUAAUACUUGUUAUUAUGUUAAGUUUAUUUUUUCUUUGAAGUUUAAUUAAUCAUAAAUAUAAGUUACCAUCAUGAAGUUUUGUUAGAUUUUUUUUUAAACAUAUCGUCGGUAAAAAAGUAAAAGGUUGUGUAAAACAACAUAAAAAUUAUAAUUUGUUUUAUGUCUUGUGGCCAGCAGUAUAUUUUAAUUUGUGUCACUCCGUUUUGAAGUAUAUUUGUACCAGAAGUAAUGUCUGCUAUAAUUACAGUUUCCUUUUACUAUAUCCUUUAUGAAAAUUUUUGCAGUUGAUAAAACGUCAUAUUAUACUUAGUUUAUAUAUAUGUUCUGAAAUCAUUUUUUUUUUUUUUUUUGUUACUUGAAAAAACAAUUUAUUGCCGGUCUCACUGUGAAACUGUUCGAGUCAAAAAUGUUUUGAUUUUAGGUUAUUUUAUUAUUGUCUAAAUUUUAUCCUCAGCAAUUUAUGGUUAUUUUUUAAAUUAAUACAUAUCACUUGCUAGCUACUACUUAUUAUUUUAAACACAAUGAGCAAGUUCCUUAAUGGAGCGCUGAGCUAUCGUUUCACCUUGUUUGAAGAGGGAUCUGAUGUCAUCGCUAUGCUCAGCAAUGAGUUCAAGAAUUCAUCUUAUGCAUCUCAAUUUGAUUAAAAUAUUUUAUUUUAUUUUUUUGUCCCUCCUGAAGAGAUUGGGAUUUGUUAAUUACUCGGUUUUCCAUUGAAACUGAAAUUAUGGUUUUUCAAUUUUAAUAUUUGUGGUAAACAAAUUCAUUGAUAAAUUAAUUAUCUUGUGAUAAUGUUGAACUAACCAAAAUUAAACUGACAAUCCUUAAUUUCCUAUCACUAUGUGAAAUAUCUAGAUUUCUCUAAAUGUGAAUAUAACUAUUCAACAUUUAUAUUACAUUGAUUGCCAAAUUUGUUUAUAUCUGUUACCAUUAAAGGUUUAAAGAAUUUUAAAUAUUAAUAUUAUUGGUUUUUCAACUUUGUGAAGUUAAAAUCUUAUUUCAUUACCUACUAUCCUAUUUCAUUUUUAUCUCAGUCAAUAAAAGCUUUUUGUCCCAACUAAUUAGGGGAAAACUGGAUUUUACAUGAGUUUCUAUUUUUAUGCCUCGUACUUGCUUCUUUCUGUCUCUUCCCUUGAAAUAUUAAACUAUAAGAAGUGAAAAGGAGUUAGAAACUCAUUAUUUAUCUUCCUAUUCUAUUAUAUUGUGAAAAUAACAGCUGACCUUUAAGAAGAUAAAACUUAGGGAAAGCAUAAAAUCAUUUGGGCCGAAACCCCUCUCUAAAAUAGAAUUAUACUUUUUUUUAUUCAUUGUUCCAUAUUUCUUUAUGUGAGUGAUCUAAGCUAAAUACUUAAACAAUCUCAAUAUAUUCUCUUUUUAAAUUAUAAUGCAUAUGAAGCUACUUAAUGUAGGGAAUGCUAGAAAAAAUAUAAGAAAUAUAUCUCUAAAAGCAUUUUAUUUUCCUGUAAUUACGAUGUUUUUGUUGUCUUUUAAGAACCAGUUAAACACCAUUUUAUUCAAAUGGUUUUUUCCCCCUUUUCUUUCUUCAUGUAAUUAGCAUUAAAAAAAUAUCCAAAAUCGAAUCCUGGAUUUGCUACUGCUCCUGAAUAAUAGUUAAAUAGGGGUUUCAAGCUUCCAAAAGAAGCAUUUGGUAGCCUUAGCUUAGUGUAAACAAAGCAUUUCAUGUUCUAAAUUUUCUAGGAAAAGGGAUUUACAAUUCUUUACUUUGGUUUAUUGACAUUGACCUGGUACACAAUUGUGCCCUCUCAGAAAAUUGCUGGAUCAGGCAUCCUCCACAUUUUGACAAAACUAAGGCUUUUCUGCCAUUCCAAAGAGGCUACUUUCACAUAUGGCAACCACAUGAAGUCCAAAAAUGAUCCUCAUCGUAGGAAAAAAAAAACCAUUUUACUAAUGUGUUAGUUAGGCUUUUAAGAGUGUCUUCCGUUUCAAAGCCGCUGCAAACAAUUUCAUCAAUAUUACAAGCCUUGAAAGUAACUUUGUCUCACAACAGUCCUACUUGAUUAAGAAAUAAAGUAGAACAACAGAAUGAUCAAAUUGUGUUUUUAUUAUUACUAACAAAGUGAAGUCCUAACCUACAAGUUAAAAUAUAUACAUAUUUAGUGGAUAUUCACUGGCAUAAUCUAAUGUAAAUUGCAUUGCAAUUCCAGAAUCCAAAUUCCACUUGAUACAGAAUGCUUGCUAAGUUAACUAGAAAGUAUUUGAUUGAUAGGAAAUAAAUAAUGUCUUCCUUUUGUUAGCCGCAGCAAUGUACAGGCAGACUGAAAUUAAAAAAUUUCAAAUUUAAAUGUCAAAAUUCAUCAAUUUUAGUAUAUUAAUAAAGUCCGAGCUACAGGCUCAAAACUUGGCAGUUGUGUGAUUUGGUCAGCUAUAAACAAUGUCUAUUAAAUAUUACCUAGCAAAUUCUAAUUCUAAUCUUGGGUUAUUAAGUACCUAAUUUAUGACUGGAUUGGUAUGAAAAGCAGUUUUACUUAAAUCGCUAUUUUAUUCAUUUUUGGCCAUUUUAUUUCUCUCGAGGGUACUAGCUUUAAAAAACAUAGCAUAAAUUUGAGCUAAUAAAAUUCAAGUGAUAAAGAACGUAAAUGAUAUUGAGAUACAAUUUUUUAAUAAUAAACAAUGUUUACCUAGGGUGACCCGUACUGCUGCUAACAAGGGUGCUGCCCAACGUCUCUCAUCCCCUAGCUUAUUUUAUUUAUUUAUGAAAUAUAUUUUACCAAGAGAUGACAGGGUGAAAGAAAAAAUAUUUCUUUUGUGCAUUAUAAAAACUAAAUGAUUAAAAAUUUGAAUUUUUAUUGUUAUAACGUAUUCUAUCACAAAUACAAAUUGUAAAUGCAUGAAAGUACCAGAUUGUUUGAAAUAGGUAAAACAUUAUGUAUACUGUCAUGUUUUUCUGCAUGGUCUGUUGGGCUAAGUGUUAUGAACGUAGAAAGUUGAACCACCACUUGAAAAUAACCACAUGCUCCAUCAGAUACUGAGUUAUGUUGCAAAAUGUUUUAAACAAUUGGUUUUUUAAAUUUUUAGCAGUAUUUCCCUUUAUGCACUGAAGGAGAUAUAGGUUAUUUAUGCCACUGGAUUUGAGUUCAAUCAGCUUGUUGCAAUUUUUCUAAUAACUGAAAGUUUUGAAAACUUGUGGAAUAUCAAGCUCUAAACAAGGAUGAAUAGUUAUUAAUCAAAUUUGAAUGUGAAUAAAAAUACCAUCAUUUUCAAGAAUAUUAGACAUUCUUUAUAUAAGUGGAAUUUAGCUUUAAGGAAAUUGAAGAUGCCAGUACAACUGGAAAAAUUGGCUACAUCCUGUACGUCUUUUCUUGUGAUGGCAGCAGCAGUAAUAAAAUUUUCACUUUUUUUUUCUCUUGUCGUAACGAACAAUACCAUUGUAAACUGAGGAGAUAAGUGUAGAGCUUUUAAAGGGUCAUGAUGUGAAGAUUAUUUAGAUUUAAUAAAAUAGCAACUUUUGAAGUUGCUUCUAAUAGAUAAAAACAUAUAAAUUCAAGACAAUUACUGCCUUAAUAUACACUGAUUAAAAUAAUAAUUAAACCUACUGCUGCUACUCAAUAUUUACUGUCAGCUGAUUUUUUUAACUACUUUUGUAAGACUUCAUCUCCAUAAAAGAGGAACAUCCAGACAGGGAAUAAACUAAUAUAAUUAAAUAAGCUGUUUUUGAAUGGUCCAUUUGGUUCUUAUUUGAUGUUCUAAAUAUCUGUAUAUAACAUUAUAAAACCAUGGCGUGUUUCAUCUUGAUCAUACUAUAACCAUCAUCAUCCUUUAAGUAAAAUAUUUUGUUUCUAUUAUUUAUAUUACAUAUAAAUAUAUCAGGGUGGCUACCAGACUGUUAAGAGUAAAAUUCCCUCACUUUUUCCUGUUUAAUGAAGGUUUCCCUGACCUAUAUGCCAGUCAGGAGACAAAAAUGUGUAGUUUAUAUCUAAAUUUAUUUAUUAUAAAUGAUUGGAAAUUGAAAGAUUAGAAUAAAAAAAGGCUAUUCAGUCUUAUUAAACAACAAAUAUAAUGUUCUGCAAGAAGUAUUUUAUAAACUUGAUCAGGAUUUUUAUUUUAGAAAACUGAACUUUAAAUAAUUCAUUUUUAUCGCUUUUAUUUAUUUUCAUAAACUGAGAAGAGGUAAAAGUUGAAACUUGACACUUUAUUAUAAAAUAUAAAGGCGAUUGUUAUUUUAAUAUAGUUCCACAUAAGUAAUUUAGUUUUUUUUAUUGCCACAAACAGCGUCAUAAUUAUCCAUACAAUACCAACUGUUAUGCUGGGUCACUGACACAUGUGUAUAACAUGCGUUUCUCAGCAACCUUAUAAACUCAAGUUUACAUGAUACAAUAAUUACAAGUUUGCAUCUAAAUGACGGGGGACCUUUAACUUCUCCACCUUUUCCUAUGGAAAAGCUCCGUAAAGUCUCAAUGGUGUAGAAGGGACAGACCAAACAAAAGAUUUAAAGAAAAAACAUUUCUGUUUAGUACAUGCCACUUAAAGGAGCACUAUGGGUCCGAUGAAGGAGUGCUUGCCAACCAAUGAAUUUCUACUACCACAGCCACAUGCAUUAAAUAAAAAUAUAAUUGAAAUAUCAGAAAAUCAAGUUAAACAAUACUACUUGUCCACUAUUGGAUAGUUAAACAAUACUACUUGUCCACUAUUGGAUAUCUCUAAACUACAUUUCUGUUCCUGCCGAGUUCAGAAGUGAAUAUAAAAAAAAAUACUGAAACUACCAUAACUUACACCCGAUGAACACAGCCUGCAUUGG